AUGAGCCCGCCAGCUGAGAAAGUGCCGGAAACCGCAGAAAAUGACGAGAAAUCCGAAAAAAUCGAACCAAUCGAAGAGCCCGGAAAAUCCGGGGAUAUCAGUGUGGAGACAACCGUAGAAGGAGCGCAAAAAUAUUUCAAAACCAAAAAGAUGCGAUUCGGACCGAUUGACUACCAAAUUGUGACCCAGAACCUCAACGGACCAUGUCCCUUGAUCGCAAUUAUGAACGCUUUGGUUUUGAAAGGAAAAAUCACUCUGGGCAAGGAUUAUGUGCUCCCGGCGACUGGGCUGAUAGAACUACUGUCGAAUUUGAUUCUAGCCAAAGAGCCCGCCGAAAAAGAGCAAAAAGAGAUCUACGAGAGCAAUGUGGACGCAGUGAUACGUCUGAUGCCAAAAUUGGUUAAUGGUCUGGAUGUCAAUGUUAAAUUUAGCUCCAUCUCAUCAUUCGAGUUCACACCAGCACUAUCGCUAUUCGAUUUGGUAGCAGUCGACCUCUACCAUGUUUGGCUGCCCGAUCCACAGUUUCCCGACCAAUUUCGACUGAUUAGCGCUCUUAAUUACAACGAGCUGGCUGAAAAAGUGUGUAUCAACGAUGAGACAGUGGAGACGCAGAUUAUCAAGGGAUUCUAUGAGGAUUCGAUCAGCCAAAUCACGUUUCAAGGCCUGGCAUCGCUUCUACAGACUAUGAAGGAUGGGGAUAUUGCAGUGGUUUUUCAGAAUAACCAUUUCUCGACGAUUCACAAGAGACGAAACGAAAUCUUCAAAUUGGUAUCCGACGAAGGCCUAGCUGAUGAGCCAGAAAUCGUUUGGGAGACGUUCAGCAGUGUGGAUGGUGACUCGAUUUUUGUAAAUGCGGAUUUCAACAAUUUUAAACCAACACCACAACCAGCACCUACCGUACCCCAAGGAUCCACAGUAAUCCACUCUACCAUCGAACAUCAAGAUGACGUGGAAAUCGGCGUGGAGGCGCGUCCCUCUUCGGCUCCACCCACUUCUGAACAACAGGCUCCGCCCACUUACGAGCCUUCUGGAUCGACGUCAUCUAGGAUUCCGACGUCUUCUGGAAUUCAGAAGUCAUCGUAUCAUCAUCAAAAUGUGACAACGCCACGUGGAUCCCAGGAGCGGAAAGGCGAUUCUGGAAAAAAUUGCAAUUCAAUGCAGCCAACACUGGAAGGAGGUGAUGCUCGUUGGUGGAAGAGGGAUUUCGUGUGGCUAUCCAAAUGGGACCUCUACAAGUGCUCUCCGGGUGCCAUUUUGACAUUUAUCUUUUUUCAUCGAUUUUCAGCAAUUUCAGUCAAUUAUUGUUGCAGUUCUCCACGUGACAAAGACGCUGUGCACAUCAAAAGAGUGACAGCAUGCGAGAAUCAACAAGUACGUCCAACGACGCAUCCAGAAUGGCUGACCGACAUUCCAAAAGGACAUUAUUGGAUGGAAGGAGACAAUCCACAGCAUAGACAUGAUAGCAAUGUCUAUGGACCGGUUUCCGCUGCACUCGUCAAAGGACGCGCCACCCAUAUUAUUUGGCCACCGGAGCGAUGGCAGAGACUUUCUUCUAAAAUAAUUGAUUAA